GAAUCGAAGGCGCGUAUUUUAGUUGUCUCGUUACAUGGGCAAAUAUCAUAAUAUUUAUCAGGUGGGAAACUAACACGUUUGGUCAUUCCUUCAAAUGAUCAAAGUACCGGGCUUUGUUAUUUCCCAGCUACUGGGACGAGGGACGUAUGGACAAGUAUACAUGGGAAGAAAGUCCGGUUCAAUUGAAACUAAGCAAUCAAGCCCGGGAUAAUUUAGUCAGUGAAAUUUCUAUUUUGAAAGCUCUUGAGCAUCCCCAUAUUGUUCGUAUGCUUGAUUUUACAUGGGAUGCAUCUUUUGUGUAUAUUAUAAUGGAGUUUUGUGGCGGAGGAGAUCUUAGCAGAUAUUUGAGGUUGAAAAGAAGAUUAGAUGAACUGCUUGUGCAACGCUUUUUACAACAGUUAGCUUUAGCUCUUCAAUACUUAAAAAGUAAAAAUAUAGUCCACAUGGAUUUAAAACCUCAGAAUAUUUUGCUCACAUCAAUUAACAAUCCAAGCUUGAAGCUUGCCGACUUUGGAUUCGCCCAAUGUAUUAAAGAGACAGCUAAAAAGAAUGAAGUUCGUGGCACAUUAUUGUAUAUGGCACCUGAAAUAUUUUGCGAGGGUUUUUAUCAUCCUUCAUGUGAUCUAUGGUCUAUUGGUAUUAUUCUAUAUGAAUGCCUAUUCGGCACUACUCCCUACGGUCAAAUUACAAUUGAAAAAUUAAAAGAGAAAUUAGUGGCAGUGGAUGAACAAAUUAAGUUACCUUCUACAAAUGAAAUAAGCAAACCAUGUGCUGCCUUAAUACAUGGUUUAUUAAAACGGAACCCUUCUGAACGAUUAAAGCAUGAACAAUUUUUUUCACAUCCAUUCAUUGAUUUAGAUCAUGCACCAUCAGCACAAAGUCUGGAUAAAGCUGCCGAAUAUCUUAAACGUGCGCCUCAACUACAAUCACUGGGGAAAUUAUGUGAAGCCUACGAUUGUUAUCUAGAAGGUUUAAAUCACCUAAUGGCUGCAUAUAAUUAUGAGCCAUCGCGCUUCAAGAAAUCGCAAAUACGAAACCUGAUGAAAGAUCAUUUACUAAAAACGGAAUCACUGAAAUUAGAAUUAUGUCUACUUAGUCACACGGAUGUGACUUCAUCAUCGUUACCUCAAUUAGAGCCAAAAACUCUUAACAGUCAAGCAGUUAAUUUACCUGAUCCUAUUGUUCCAGUGAAAUGUUAUGAUGUAUCACGACAGCCUAAAAAGAAUGCCGAUUCAUCAAAGAAAGGCCUAUUUCAUUAUCUACCAAAAGAAACAUAUCAACCACAAGAUUCAGGUACAAGUGGUAAUUUUACAUAUUUUAGGGGAGACUGUUUGUCGACAGAUUCAGUCGAACAAAUUAAUGUUUGUUUAUCCUCAGAUAAAGCUGGAGUUCUUACUCGUAUUAAGCAUUGGUUUUCGCGACAGAAUGAUAAGACUGAAAAUCCUUAUGAAUACAGUGGAAAAGCUAGUAAGAAGAAAAAGGAAUACGAAAAAAAUGAAUCAGAAUUUUAUGCGUUUGUAUUCAAUCUGUGUGUUAUACUCAACUCAAUUUGUCCAAGUAAAUAAUUGUGAUACAAUGGUAAUGAAAAUGCUAUCAUAAACAUCAAGUCAUAAUAUUGUCUUUUAUUCUGUUUGUUUCCUAGUUUAUUCAAUAUUAAAAAUUGUAACACGAUACUAACAUAUUACAUUUAUUAGUAUAUUUUAACAUGUAUCAAACGUUUUACUUGUUGAACAUUGAUCUAAAUAUUAAUUUGUAGUAAUUAGUUAUUGUUGGGGAUGUUAUAUCCCCAGAACUCACUUGAAAAAAGUCAUAAUUUCGUAAUUUUAUCUUGAAAAUUUGAAUUUCUUUGUUUUCGCGCCACAAUCGCUCUUUUCUCCUUCAUGUCGUAUUUCCCAGUUGGGAGAAUCUUAAACGCUAUUGGUCCAUUGUAUCUUUUGGUAGGCUGUUUUGUAACCCUUCCCAAAGACGGUUUUGGGCUGUAUGUAUAUGUUUUUGAUUUGUGUCUGUUGUUAUCACUCAUGCUUCUGGCUUUUUGCGGAAUAUACUUCCCCGUUCGGACUUCGACUUCUCUCUCUAGUAAGCGGGCUGGGACGCAACACAGUAGCUAGCUUAUUGGUCUUUGGUCACAAGUCUUUGUUCCGUUCGCAGACUAAGUGAACUCGUAAUCGUUUCAGUUAUAUUCUAAAGUUCUCUUUUCCGUGUUUACUUUUUCUCUGUUACUAGUGUUUAAAGUAGUAUUAUUAAUAAUGGUCAGACCAUACGACUUAAGCUUUCUCUGUUAAGCUCUAAAAUGUACUAAUCAUUAUUUUAAUUUGUUAAGUUUGGCUAUGUAUGGAUGGGAAAAAACACGACCAUUUUGUUGCUUAUUUCCAUUCUGCCCCCAAUGCCCUGGUAUGGCCAAGGUCGGGGAGAGUUAGCUAUCCCUCUCGAAAUGCUCUCACAUGGCCAUGCGUAUGCAUCCAAUGAAAGGAAAGUCCUACUUACUGCCUUCUUACAGCGGGUAUGCUGUUUACGAAUUUGAGAUGACGAAAAGUGAAUAUCCGGAGCUUUAACCGGGUUGAUGGAUAUGGAGGAUCCACCUAGGGGAGUUGGAAAACCCUGAUUCCAAACCAAUGGUGCAUAUGGGCUACAAGAUCGUGAGGGAACAAAUGGCGUAUGAACCUAUUGUUGGUCAUCGACUACCUUGUAACGUUGAUCCACUGCUUGUAGAUUGGACCUCUAUGUCAAAGGCUUGGAAUAUGGCCUCCUAACAAAACCACCUGUGCCCCCUUGUACCAGUGUUUAUGUGUUCAAAUAAAUAUUAUCUCCAUUCUAGUUUAUUCUAAUUCUAAACGAUUGUUUCCAUACAAUUAUUUUAAAUAAUAAUGAAUUUCAUUUACACUGCAUUACUUUCAUUGAUUUGUAUGGAUAUGAGCAGAACCUGUGCCU